CACCAACGUUAGCUCAGUCAAUUUGUCUUUCGUUCGGAUGCUCUUCGAUUGCAAACGGUGUCUCAUCGUACAACUAUGGAAUGACAACCAAUCCAUCAGUUAGCUAUUCAUCAUCAUCCAAUUAUGCUCAACCUCAAUACAUUGCGUCAUCCUCGGCAUCAGCGUCUCCUAUGCAAUUCGCACAACCAUUUGCCAAUUACCUCGGAUCUUCGCAGCAACAAUUGAUGCAGCAAUCUGCACAAUCACCGAUGCAAUACUCUCAGUCUUCCUCGGCACAGUAUCCUCAGUCCUCUGCACAGUACGCCCCGAUGUCAGAAUCACAGUACUCUCAGCCAAUCGUGGAGUAUUCGCAACCAUCGGCAGAAUUGAUGCAGUCGCCUGCAUACUACCCACAACCAUCCAUGCAGAUCUCACAACCGUCCGUCGAGUACUCCCAGCAAUAUCCUCAACAGUCAUCCGCACAGUCAUCAAUGCAAUACCCUCAACAAUCCGUUGAAUAUGCACAGCAACAACAACCUCUACAGUACUCUCAACCAAUUCAAGACUACUCGCAAUCAUCCGCACAGUCAGCUCUCUCGCAAUUCGUACAGCCAUCGGCAUCAGCACUCUCUCCAGCAAUCAGCUCCAGUCCCUCGUUGUCACGUUGUGGUAUUUCAUCGUGCGGUGGUAAGCUCAAGUUCGGUGAUACUGAAGGUCAUUGGAUGUUGUUGAUCGACGAAGAAUUGUUCAUAUUAGCCAGAUAGGCAGUUUAGAAAAUAAUUUUAGAACUUUUUAGAAUUU